UCCUGUGACUCAACCGUGACCAGAGAAAGAAUAAUCUGUCAGGUGCAAAAUAAACAAGUGCAACAACACGGUCUGCUCGUAAGUGACCCAAAAAAAGCCCUCCUUCUUGUUUCUGUCUUUCCCUGUACUUGGACAAGAGGUGACAAACAUGGCGCUCAUGAGGUCAGGCUGGCUUUGGAGACAGACAUCUGUGCUGAAGCGCUGGAAGUUGAACUGGUGUGACCUAUGGGUGGAUGGCAGCCUUUGCUUCUACAAGAGCGAUAGUCGGCGAGAACUGGAGCACCGCGUCAACCUCAAAUUCACAUGUGUAGAUGUGCGCAGUGGCCUAGAGUGUCGAGGGGUGACGCCUCCUGAAACUAACCCCCAGGAGAAUAUCAUCGUUGUGCAGUUCAAGGACAGCUCAACAAUGAACCUCUGCGCUAACAGUGAGGACGAAUCUGUGGCGUGGAAACUGACAAUGCUUGAGACCAGGAGAAACUCGGUGUUUACGUAUGACCCCUACGAUGAUUCUUAUCAUGCCAUACCCCUGAACAAUUAUCACACAGUCUACCUGACACCCGGAGUAGGACCAGGCACCCAUCAUGUGAUUGUUCAGAGAGACCCCUUCGACGGAGUGUUUGACCACCUCGCCAUGGGAUUACUGGCGGGCAUGGCGGCAGGUGCCGCCAUGCGCUCCUUCCUCUGGGCACCCAUGUUCUUCUGCUGAGAUGGAUUUAAUGCCGCAUCUUUAGCCUAACAAUUCAGAUGAGACACUUCUUUUGUAUAUUCAGUUUGCAUCCUCAGUUGCUCUUUUCACUGUCAAUGCUACUAAUGUGCAAUUUGUCUUAAUUGUAGUAGUUGCUGCUGUGUGACUUCAUGCUUAUCUGGCUUGUGAUAAAG